CGUAAUUUCCACGGUGUUAUUUGAGGUUCACUAUUAAGGGUUAUAUGAGAAAAGGACGGCCCUAGAAGUAGACACCAUGUCAGUGCUAGAACUAAAGGAUGACAAGUCAUUGAAUACUGAAGCUACUGUAACAGCUCAGGAGUUUGUAAAGAAGUUCUAUGAAGUUCUUGACAAGCGACGACAUACACUCUCCAAGUUAUACCUGGACACGGGUACGCUGGUGUGGAACGGUAACAGCGUGACCGGGGCGGACGCCAUACAGGCCUUUCUGGAGACGCUGCCCACCUCCGAACACACGGUCAUCUGUGUGGACGCCCAGGCUGUGUCAAGCGCGGCGGUGGACGCCCAGACCACGGUGCUGAUCGUCGUCUCGGGCCAGGUGCGGCUGAAGAACACCACACGCAGCUUCCAGCAGCACUUCAUGCUGACCGCGCAGGAGCGCAAGUGGAAGGUGGUCACCGACUGCUUCCGCUUCCAGGAGCUGGUCAGCUGAGCGGCAUCGCUGGAUCAUUUUUCAUGCGUGACCCCUCGUGGAAAACGAGGAACGGAAAACGUUUGCAUAGUGAUUGGGACCAAAGCACCGUUGUCUGAGAUGAAGAUGACGCGACCUUCUCACGGGUGAACCCUUUCGUCAAUGCGGUGCCUUCAAGGUUCUGUGAAGAAUGCUUGUCGCCCGUAGAUUGGGCUCACCCUGGCCGACACUUGUCGAGAAUCUUGGUCCCACCUUCCACUGUCUGCAGUGCUGCCGUCUGGUCGGCGUUCCCGCACCACAGAGCCAUCUGACGGAAGGAAGGGACAAAUACUACCCCAGGGAGGCGCGAGUAUCGACCGGAUCUCAACGACGAUAUUGACGGUAGCCUUGUUCGUCAUUUGAUCUGGUUCAUCUGCGCUGGUACCGUCAUGAGAAUUGAACACUCUGUGUCUUAUGAACAAGGUUCUGCUGCGACUUAUGCCAUUUUCGGCCGCUGUCAUGUGUGCUGAUAGGCGUACGGCUGUCUUAUUAACCGUUGUGAUGCAUGAACCGCUCACUGUGUUCUGUGAGCUGUGAUGUCACGAGUUAAGCUCCUCGUUGCUGAGCGGUUUCAGUGUCUGCUUGUCAUACAUCCAUCGCUUCAGCGCUGGCAUUUGUGAACCGUCUGAGUAUGUUCGGUGAUGAAAACGGUACGUGAACUCAUAACAGAACGGGAUGUGGAAGAUGCAUCGGCCGCGCUCACGGCUGCAAGCGCACAAUGCGACUGGUGGGGCGAUUUACAUGGUCCUCCGUGUCCUUGCUGAGUCACGCAACGUUAUUUCAGGCCUAAAUCCGUUAACCGGAAACGACAGAAAAUAAACAUUUGAGUACAGUGCCAGUGAUCGCAUUGUGAAGUGUAUCGUACAUUCAUGGUUUUGACCAAAAAGGUCGCUUCCGUUUUUCUCCGUCGCGAAAUAGAUUUCGACGGCUUUG